UAUAAAGUCCAACGCGGAAGUGAAUCGCGGUCUCAUAAAACUGCACACGGGAGAAGUAGAGAAGAUGCCGUUGUUUAUGUACAUGUCUCUGUGUGUUUGCGUCUUCCUCAUAGCGGGAGGAUUCUGCGAAGUUUCAGCUGUUCGGUAUGCAGUCCCGCCGUCCAACCAGACCGUCUUGUUACAUGAUAACGUUACGGUAGACUGCUGUUUAUUAGGGAUGGAGGGCCAUACGUUUGUCUGGCAAGCCUUCUACAAUGGAAUAUCAUCUCAACUCAUAUUUGAAAGAGGCCCAAACAACACGACUGCCGUAAAAAACCCCUCCAAGUUCUCGGUACGAUGCAGCAGUGGACUGGCAGGCAGUCUGUGCUGUAACCUCACCAUACACAACGUGAUGGCCCAGGACUUAGGGCAGCCCAUUACAUGUUAUGGGUACAGGUUUGACCCGUCCGAACCUGGUCAGGAAAGAAGUCCGUCGGUCUAUCUCACAAACGGAGAUGUGACGUCAGGACCCGGGCUGAGUGCGAAGAUGAUCGGGCUGGUGGUAGCAGCGGCGGUGUGUGCCGUGGCCAUCGUGGCAGUGGCGGUGUACAAACUGAGAAAAGGCUGCUCGGCAGCAGACACCCAACCAGUUGUUCUGGAGGUCAUGGAUGAUCUUGACACAGAAGAAACAGACAUGCUGUAAAAGGUACAAGUGUAGAAUCACGAAAGACUUUGGUUAGGUUUUUUUCUAUAGCUAUGUACUACUUAGUUACAGGUAUCAUAAAAACAGUGAUGCCACUUAACCUUUCUUGUAUGAUCUGCUAUUGCUGCUACACCAUGAAAGGUUGGCUUGGCUUUUGCACCGGUCCCAUUCUACAGAGUACCUACGGAGAAGUCAAACUUCUUCUCAUAGUCGGAAAUUAAGUCUCUCCUUUAUGAGUGUUUAGCAUAGUCAUCCAGCUCCAAAGAAGACACAAGAUGGAU